AUGGCGGAGCGUAGGUGGCAAACAGUUAUAUGGAUACGGUGCUUUACCCGUAGACGCUUCUCCAGCUCUCGCAAUAAUUGUAUGGGAGUCGUCCUCGGAGGGACUUCCCGAAUGACCAUACCGGGGAAUUCAACCGUACUCCGUGCAGCUAUUGUUGUUGAUCCUGCAGAGCCUACCCAAAGGUUCAGGCCAGAUUGUAGGAAGUGGGCGAUACGUUUUUUUAUUUCUAUGAGAAGCUCUAUGGCACCCAUGAUUCCCAGUACAUUCUCUACCAUAGAAUUCGGUCUUCGGGGUCAACCCGGCCCCGGCGGCUUCUAUGAAGAAGGCGGCGCAAAGGAGGCUCGAGGGCUUGUUAAGGAAGGCGGCUAG